AUGUCGGGGGCCGACUUGGAUCGUAUCAUUCCCCUGCUGCGUGCAGGAGAGUUGAGAUUCAGGCUAACGGAAGAGGUACUAGCGGAUGAAGAAGAUGAAGAUGGUGCAGCUAUCCCUGCCAACGGCCAAGAUGGCAGCGCGGUGAGCCGCCCCGAUUCCGACGAGCACUCUUAG